UUCAGUGUUCAUCCAAUAGAGGCUUCGGUGUCGGUAUCGGUUUCGGUAGUCUCUCAACAGCAACACACUUCGAUGGAGAUGAUCACUCCGCUUUAGAUCGUCGUCGUCGAGUCGUUUUCUUUAUUUUUUGUUGGCGUGUAGCAGCUAGCUGCUAUUAUUUCUUUUUUCUUUCAUUCUCGUCGUCGCUCGUCAUUGUCGUAGCUUUGAUUUAGCUUGUUCUUUUAUCCAUUUGGAAAAUAUUUUCGCAGUAUAUCUACAUAAAUUUAUGUCGCGCGUGUAUUUAUUAUAUUUAUUCGUCUGUUUACGCAUUUGAUUCCCACACACAAUUUAUAAAUAUACAUAAAUGCAUAAAGCUUCAACGAAGGUCACGCAAUAUGACAAAGAACUACAAAUCGCUCCAUAAAUAAUUAUUAUUUAUUAUUUUUAACUUUUUCUUAAACAAUAUUUGCUCAGUGAUUCAGACUUGAAUAGAAUAGAUAACCGACAUUUUGAAAGACAAAUAAAGAGUGAAGUGAAAAAUGGAAAAUAGAAUAAUCCCAAUCCCAAGUACUGCAUCUGAGUCUUGGUUUUCCGAAUAGAAGAAAAAGAAGUUUUAAAUGCUUGCAAUAUACCUACGAAGAUCGAAUUCAAGAAGCAAUAAAAAAAGAGUUGUCUCUCCCCAAAAAAAUAAAGAAAAAAAGAUCACAAGAUAAAAGAAAAAUAAAAACUCCCUUUUUAAGUUGAUUUCUUGUAAUUUUCUCAUAAUUUGUAUACUUUACCUACUUGUUGCACAUUCUUUUUAUUUGUUGGUUACAACGCAUUUAUGUAUAGACACUUGUAUAGUAUACACGAUUUUGUUUCUUCUUUGCACAUGAUGCAUGCAACAUCGACUUGGCGACAUAUUUUCACUUUUUAAUCUCUUGACACACUAAACGGGGAAAAAUUCAUACGACGACGUAGUUGAGAAACAAUUCACAAAAAAGAAAAUUUUACUUAAAACAAGAAAAACAACUAAAUUUCCCUUCUGUAAAAAAAAAAACAAAUAAAACACAAUCUUCAUAAAAAGAAAAGAAAGGGGGAGUGGCAUAAGCUAAGCGGCAGCACAUAAAUUCCACUUGUUACACUUAUUUUUUUAUUUCCAACUCUGCACAAAAUCACAGAAAUAAGCCUAAUUUAGGAAAAACAAAUCAAAAUGAUUAAAUUAAAAUCCCUGUUUCGCAGAGGGCAGGGUCCUUCUGGAUCAAAACGAAGUGGUGGCGGAGGAGGAGGAGGAGCUGCAUCAUCAUCUUCGAGUCUAGACCAAGAGAGUGUAUCCUCAUCAGUGCAGACGACCAGCAGAAAGAAACAAACUAACGAAUUUGUUGAUUAUGCUGGAAAGCCUGAUAACGCUGCAUACAAUUACAAUUUCAAGGAUAAUCAGAAUAACUAUCGGACUAAUACUAAUUCUGGCAGCAGUAGUGGUGGAAGAAAGAAGAACAAUAAUAACAACGCUCAGGUGUCAAAUGUAAUGCCUCCGGUUGUUGCAGCGGCGGCAGCAGCAACAGCUUCUCAUCAACCACAAGCGCAAUCAACUUCAGCAGCUAAUGUUACAACAGCGACAGCUAAUAAUAAUUUAAAUAAUGUAGAUGCCAACGAGUGGAAUAAGGACUACAAGUUAAAUAACUAUUUGGCAGCUGAAAACGAUCAUUUAGAGGCUAACAUGAUGCAAGAACUCCAAACACAGCUUGAGAGGCUGGGAAGAGAAAAUAUAUUAUUGGAAGCUAAAAUAAGUGAACUUAUGCCUUAUCAGAGUGAAGUAGUUAAGCUGCGAAAUGAGUUACUUAGAAUGCAGAACUUGCACGAGAAGAGCAACAUGGAAAUUCAAAAGCUCAAAUAUGAAAAUGAAUCUUUACGUAAUCGCUUGCGGGACGUCGUCAACUCACCCCUGUCCGAUGCUGAGAAGCAUCAGAUAAUUCAAGAUUCUCAGCGGUUGCACAGUUCCGCACCAGCUUCUAUUGCGUUGCCCAACGCCAAUGAAAAUGACGGAACUCCGUGUGUCACACCAGAUUGGGAUAAGAAUUCAUCUUCCAGUGAAAUAUCAGUAGCCUGUUUGCAGGAUAAAAUAAUUCAGAUGGAGGAGACUCAUUACUCGACUAAUGAGGAGCUUCAAGCUACCAUUCAAGAGCUUGCGGAUCUUCAAGCUCAACUAACGGAGCUUCAAUCAGACAACGAGCGCCUAGCGGACGAGAAAGAUGUUCUCUUUAAAUCGCUCUGCCGGCAAACGGAAAAACUCAAAGAUUCCCGCACCCAAAUCACAACACUCCAAGAAUUGCUUUUGCGAGAAUCCAACCAGGUUGAAGUUGGUACUAGUGAGCGAGAAAAGAAGCUCUUGGAUUUAAUCAAAAACUCGCAGGAAGAACGGGAAACAAUUUUGCUUAAGCAAGAAGAGAUGAAUUCCGAACUAAAUGAGCUGCGUCAAUCAGUUGAGUGCGCCAGCAAUGAUAAUAGUCGCUUUAGGGAACGCAUCUGUUUGCUCGACUCGACUGUUGAUGCUGCAAAUGCCGAACGCAAACAAACAGAAAGUGAACUACAACAAGCCAAAGAGGAAUCUUCCCAGAAGAGCAUAGAGAUAAGCCGCCUAACAACUUUGCUAGAAAAUGCCCGUGCCAAGAUUGAGGAGCUUGAACAGGACUUGGCGCGUGGUGAAAAGACUGAUUUAACUGAUCUACUAGACGCAGCUCGCAAAGAGAAGGAUCAGCUAGAGGUUAAAGUGGCUUCGUUGCAGGAGCAAUUGUCACGGAGUCAGAAUGAAAUAAGAAAACUCAAAGAUCAACUGCUGGGCCUUACUGAAGAAUGCAAAGUCGCCAAAAACAAUGCCAAGUGUGCAUUGUCUCAUUUGGAGUAUCGCUAUGAUACACUCCAGCAAGAGAAAGACAAACUGCAUUCGGAAUACCAACAGUUGCAAGACAAUACGGCGGAACUCCAAGUACAAUGCAAAUGCCAUCUCGAGGAUAAGGCACAGUUGCAAAAUCUGCUCGGUGAAACACAAAAGCAUUUGGAAGAUGCUGAAAGAAAACUUGGCGAGAAGGAUGAACAACUGCAAAAAGAGACUAAAUUGAGAAAACAAGAGGCUGAGGAAUGGCAGCAGUUCCAAUCAGAUUUGUUAAUGACGGUUAGAGUUGCAAAUGAUUUUAAGACUGAAGCGUUAUGUGCGCGUGAACAAUUGGUUUUGGAUAACAAAACGCAACGUGAGAAAAUACGAAUGCUAGAGCAACAAGUUGAAAAACUAAACAAACAAAUUUCAUCGGCAGAUACAACACAACAGUCACUCUUGACAACUGUUCAACAGGAAAUGGCUUCGCGACGUAGUAAAAUUUCACUAUCGAAGCAAGAUUCAAGGUUGUCGGUAAAGACAUUGAUUGAAACUAUCGAGAAUAAUAAACAAACCAAAUCCGAAGAAUCUGAGUCCCGCUAUAGCUCCACAUCGAGUCUUAACAGUGGCACCUCGGAGCUCACUCAUGGGACAAACACUAACAUUCCAUCUGACUGGUCAGACAAUGUGCGAAUUCAAACAACGACCGGUCUUAGUGGGACAACCACAAACUCUACAACUCCACCAACAUCUACCAACACAACCACAACCAGCAGUGCCAAAGGUCCGCUGCGAGAACAGCAACAACCAACCAUUGUACCAAGCAGUAUGCAUUUUCAUAGUAUUAACAAUGUCUCAAAGUCGUCGCUGCAAAGUGGAGUAGGAGGAGGAGGAGGUAAUGUUGGUGGAGUUGGCAACGGAAGCGCAAGCAUUGAAAAGAAAGACCAAUUUAUUAUUUCCCGAACUGAGAGUAGCAGUCGAUUUCUCACGGCUGGCGAACGAAAGGAUCCAUUAAAUAUGCUUGUGAAAAAUGGUGGUUCCAAGAGGAAUGCUCUUCUUAAGUGGUGUCAAAAUAAGACAGUGGGCUAUCGAAAUAUUGACAUUACGAAUUUUAGUUCGUCGUGGAAUGAUGGUUUGGCAUUUUGUGCAAUUUUACAUUCCUAUUUGCCCGAUAAGAUACCGUAUGAUACGCUGAGUCAAGCAAAUAAGCGGAGGAAUUUUUCUUUGGCGUUUGGUGCUGCUGAAUCGGUUGGAAUUCCUACAACUUUGAACAUCAAUGACAUGUGUCAAAUUGAACGACCCGACUGGACGCAAGUUAUGAGUUAUGUUACGGCAAUCUACAAGCAUUUUGAGACCUAAAAUCCUCCAUUUUUAAAUGUUAAGGGCACUCUUAACAAACCAGUUAAAGUGCGAAUUAAAUAUAAAUAACAAAUUAAAUUAGAUAACCAUUAUUUUAUUAUUAUUAUUAAUAUUUUUUUGUAUAUAUUACUCUUAUGACUGUGUCUUAUUUAUUUGCUAAGAAAACAAAUUUUAUAUAAUAUAUACACGAGAUAUAGAUUGAAAACAAAGAGAAGAAGUUUAUUAAAAAAACAAAACACAUCGCUUUCGCAUAUUACUAAAGAAAAACUACACACUGGAACAACAAUAUUACACACGAUAUAAAUUUUAAAACCUAGAUACACAUAAUUUUUGUAACUAACUUUUCCCCUAACCGCAAAGCUAAAAUUUGAAUUCAAAGCGCUUUUUUUUAAUGUGAUUUAGGACAAAAUUUAAGCAAAUUUAUAUGAAUAAAAAAACAAAAGCUGGAACUUAAGUGCUUAGUAUUGUUGCGAUUAAAUUUUAGGCGAGGAUUUGAAGAAAAGGGGAAAAGAAAUAAUUAAAUAAAAUUAAAAUACAAGUUGAAGAAUA